AUGGACGCCGACCAUCGCGCAUUGGAAGCGCAGGCCGAGAACAUGACUUCCCGUCCAGAAUUCUCGACCUAUACCACAACUACUAGUCACAACGAAUCCCGCACCGAGAACUCCAAUAUUCAGUCAAACGGUUCUGGCCAAGAAGCCAACGGAAUCACACAUACCGAAGGGUCUGCCGAUAAUCAUAAUGACGUCGCGACGGAAGAGAUCAAUGGCCAGACCGAGGCCCUAGACCCGACCUUCACCGGCUCCUCUAACGAUAGCUCUCAUGAUAGCGUUGAGGGCCGCUGGGGCGAGAAGGAGGCGGGUGAGCCCGUCUCCCGCCACCGUGCUAUGGACGAUUUGGAGGAGAUGCGCCGGGAAUUGACCCGUCUGAGCUUGCACCGCACCCGAUCGACCACCGCUAAGCGUUUGAAGUCCCGCGCCAGUCGCAAGGAUGAAGAGAAGGCCCUGGAUGAAGAGUCAACUGAUACCGAGGACACUGGCUUCGACCUAGGCGAGUUCCUUGUCGGCGGCCACCUUGAGCGCCGUACGACCGCUGGCGAGCCCGCAAAGAAGGUUGGUGUCGUCUUCAAGAAUCUCACUGUUCAGGGUAUUGAGACUGGCGCUUCGUUUGUGCGUACUUUGCCGCAUGCUGUGGUUGGCACUUUCGGCCCAGAUCUAUAUAACAUCAUUUGUCGAUUCGUGCCCCAGGCGCGGGUGGGCAAGAAGCCUCCGAUUCGCAAUCUCAUCAACGAUUUCAGCGGUGCUGUCCGUGAGGGUGAGAUGAUGCUGGUGCUCGGUCGUCCCGGUGCCGGAUGUACUACUUUCCUCAAGGCAAUCGCCAAUGACCGUGGUGCUUUUGCGGCUGUCCAUGGCGAUAUUAGCUAUGGUGGUCUCUCUGCGAAGGAUCAGAACAAGCACUUCCGUGGCGAAGUCAACUACAACCCUGAGGAUGACCAACAUUUCCCGACGCUCACGGUCUGGCAGACGCUCAAGUUCUCGCUGAUCAACAAAACUCGCAAGCACGACCGCGACAGCAUCCCUAUCAUUAUUGAUGCGCUGCUGAAGAUGUUCGGUAUCAGCCACACCAAGAACACUAUGGUGGGUAACGAGUACGUUCGUGGUGUUUCUGGUGGUGAGCGGAAGCGUGUCAGUAUCGCCGAGACUCUGGCCACCAAGUCUUCCGUUGUCUGCUGGGACAACUCUACUCGUGGUCUAGAUGCAAGCACUGCUCUCGACUACGCCAAGUCGCUGCGUAUUAUGACUGAUGUCAGCAAGCGCACCACUCUGGUCACCCUAUACCAGGCUGGUGAGAGUAUCUACGAACUCAUGGAUAAGGUUAUGGUCAUCGACGAAGGCCGUAUGCUUUACCAGGGCCCCGCCAAUAAAGCUCGCCAGUACUUCAUCAAUCUCGGAUUCCACUGCUCCGAGCAGUCGACCACCGCCGAUUUCCUGACUUCGCUCUGUGACCCCAAUGCUCGUGAAUUCCAGUCCGGUCGCGAGGCUUCGACCCCCAAGACCGCCGAGGAGCUUGAGCGCGUCUUCAGAGAAAGCGAGACCUACAAGUAUAUCUCCAAUGAUGUCAGCAGCUACGAGAAUCGUCUCCAGGAAACUGAGUUGGAGGAUACCCGCCGUUUCCAAAAGACCGUCGCGGACUCUAAGAGUAAGAAUGUCUCCAAGAAGUCUCCUUACACCGUUUCCCUGGCGCGCCAGGUUUUGGCUUGCGUUCAGCGCGAGUUCUGGCUGCUGUGGGGUGACAAGACCUCUCUCUACACUAAGUACUUCAUUAUCAUCUCCAACGGUCUCAUUGUCGCUUCUCUGUUCUACGGAGAGGCUCUGGAUACCAGCGGUGCAUUCUCGCGUGGUGGUGCUCUGUUCUUCUCUAUUCUGUUCCUUGGCUGGUUGCAAUUGACCGAGCUGAUGCCCGCUGUCUCCGGCAGAGGCAUCGUUGCCCGUCACAAGGAUUAUGCUUUCUAUCGUCCCUCCGCUGUUUCGAUCGCUCGUGUGGUCGUUGAUUUCCCGGCUAUCUUCUGCAUGGUUGUUCCCUUUACGAUUAUCGUCUACUUCAUGACUGGGUUGGAUGUGACUGCUUCUAAGUUCUUCAUCUACUUCCUGUUCGUGUAUACGACGACGUUCUGUAUCACCUCGAUGUACCGCAUGUUUGCCGCUUUGUCGCCGACUAUCGAUGACGCGGUGCGAUUUGCUGGUAUCGCUCUGAACCUGCUGAUUCUCUUCGUCGGCUAUGUUAUCCCUAAGCAGACUUUGAUCGGCGACUCUAUCUGGUUUGGAUGGUUGUUCUAUGUCAACCCGCUCUCAUACAGUUAUGAGGCUGUCUUGACUAAUGAAUUCGCCGGCCGUGUUAUGCAGUGUGCUCCCUCGCAGCUUGUUCCCCAGGGCCCCGGGGUUGAUCCUAACUACCAGGGCUGUGCCUUGACUGGUUCCUCUGUGGGCGCGACUGAAGUCACUGGCGUUCAGUAUCUGUCGACAAACUUCCAGUUCACUCGUCACCACCUCUGGCGCAACUUUGGUGUCGUCAUUGCUUUCACUGUCUUGUACAUUCUGGUCACUGUGUGGGCUGCCGAGUUCCUCUCAUUUGUUGGCGGCGGCGGCGGCGCCUUGGUCUUCAAGAAGUCCAAGCGUGCCAAGAAGAUUGCUGCUCAGACUGGCAAGGAGAAUGAUGAGGAGAAGGUUGCCGACCUGAACGCUGAUGCUGCUAACGCUCGCGGCCAAUCUCCUUCUUCUGGGGAGGAUGCUGCUUUCAACCGACUGUCUUCGAGCGAGCGCUGUUUCACCUGGUCUGACGUCGAGUACACUGUCCCCUAUGGCAAUGGAACUCGCAAGCUGCUCAACAGUGUCAAUGGCUACGCUAAGCCCGGUGUUAUGAUUGCUCUUAUGGGUGCCUCUGGUGCUGGUAAGACUACUCUGCUCAACACUCUGGCUCAGCGCCAGAAGAUGGGUGUCGUUAAGGGUGACAUGCUUGUUGACGGUCACCCUCUUGGAGCUGACUUCCAACGCGGUACUGGUUUCUGUGAGCAAAUGGAUCUGCACGAUAACACCUCUACCAUUCGCGAGGCUUUGGAAUUCUCGGCUAUCCUUCGUCAAGACCGCCAUGUUCCCCGCCAGGAGAAGAUCGACUACGUCAACCGAAUUAUCGACCUUUUGGAACUCGAAGAGAUUCAGGACGCCAUCGUCGGCUCUCUCAAUGUCGAGCAGAAGAAGCGCGUCACUAUUGGUGUCGAAUUGGCCGCCAAGCCUUCCCUUCUUCUCUUCCUUGACGAGCCCACCAGUGGUCUCGACAGUCAAGCCGCUUUCUCCAUUGUUCGAUUCCUGAAGAAGCUGUCCCAGGCCGGGCAGGCUAUCGUCUGCACCAUCCACCAGCCGUCAUCCAUGCUGAUUCAGCAGUUCGACAUGAUCCUGGCCCUCAACCCCGGCGGUAACACCUUUUAUUUCGGCCCCUACUUCGCCGACCGCGGCUUCGCUUGUCCCCCUAACAAGAACGUCGCCGAGUUCAUCCUAGAAACUGCCGCCAAGUCCACUGAGCGCGACGGCAAGAAGGUCGACUGGAACGAGGAAUGGCGUUCUUCUGAACAGAAUCGCGAAAUGCUCGAAGAGAUCGAACGCAUCAGGACGGAGCGUAGCAAGCUUCCCAUCGAGGACAGCGGCAGCACGACAUACGAGUUCGCCGCGCCCACAGGUGUCCAAAUUGAGCUUCUCACCAAGCGUCUGUUCACCCAGUACUGGCGUGAUUCCUCUUACUACUACGGCAAGCUCUUCGUCAGUGUGAUCAUCGGUAUCUUCAACGGUUUCACCUUCUGGAUGCUUCCGAACACAGUCGCCAGCAUGCAAGACCGCAUGUUCUCAUGCUUCGUGAUCAUCCUGAUUCCCCCGAUCGUCCUUAACUCCGUCGUGCCCAAGUUCUACAUCAACCGCGCCCUCUGGGAAGCCCGCGAAUAUCCAUCCCGCAUCUACGGCUGGGUCGCCUUCUGCACAGCAAAUGUCGUCUGCGAAAUUCCCGCCGCUAUCAUCACCGGUCUCGUCUACUGGCUUUUCUGGUACUACCCCGUUGGCCUGCCCACCGACUCCUCAUCAGCAGGCUACGUCUUCCUGAUGUCGAUACUUUUCUUCCUCUUCCAAGCCUCUUGGGGUCAAUGGAUCUGCGCCUUCGCUCCUUCUUUCACCGUCAUCUCGAACGUCCUCCCCUUCUUCUUCGUCAUGGUCAACCUGUUCAACGGUAUCGUCCGCCCUUACGCCGAUUACCCCGUCUUCUGGAAAUACUGGAUGUACUACGUCAACCCUGUGACCUGGUGGCUGCGCGGUGUUCUCUCCUCCAUUCUUCCGGCAGUGCAGAUUGAGUGUGCUUCUGAGGAAUUCACACGCUUCAACCCGCCUCCUGGUCAGACUUGUGAGCAGUACGCUGGGAACUACGUGAAGAACCUCGCCGGUGUCGGAUACUUGAAUGAUCCCAACGCGACGAAAAACUGCGAGUACUGUCCCUAUUCCACUGGCUCGGAGUACAUGGCCAACCUCAAUGUGCACGCCGGUGAUAAGUGGCGCUGCUUCGGUAUUUUCUUGGCUUUCGUCAUUAUCAACUGGGCUCUUGUCUACUUCUUCAUUUACACUGUUCGUGUCCGUGGCUGGAGCUUCGGUCUUGGAUAUGUGUUUGGUCUUGGUGGUCUUCUCAUUGAAGCUAUCAAGAAGCCGUUCCAGAAGAAGGAGGCGUCUGAGUGA